AUGCCUAAGGCGGGGAGGAAGCGUCGACUCGAUUCGGAGAGCCAAUCGGAUACUUCAGGAGUAAAGUCGGAUGUCGAUAAGCCUAAGCCGAAACGGCCGCGGCUCCAAAGCAAGCGACAAACCCCUACUAUUAGCCCUAAACCUGAUCGGGAUGGAUGUCACGGGAUUAAGUCAGAGCCUCCAAACGACACGCUGCACUUCGUGAUUUAUUCGGUUACGGACCUCGAGCCUAGCAGCACGGAUCUCACCACGCCCGCGACGACGCCGUGCUCGAGUUCCGGUGACGACUUCCCUCCGAAUGCGACCGGGACGGCAAGCAUACAAGACGCCACCACUGCGGCGUCUCUGCGUGAGCCUUCUCACCCACCCGCGUACGUUGACACCCUCCACCAGAUUCAUCCUCGCCUCCUCCCUCGACCAAUUGUGCCACCCGUUCAAGGUGGAGCGAUCUGCUCGUCCCCGAGCCGCACCUCUAGCUCUGCCCCACGCCGGCCGAGCUCGCCGACGGGGUCUGCCUACGGUGUGACCGAGGCAGAGGUAGAAGAUCGCGGAAGCCUCGGUGGAGAGCACGUAUAUCCCUUAGACGACGGACACUCUCUUCGGGAUACAGUCACAACUCAGAAAGCUCCGCGCCCCACGAUUAACGACAGUAGCAAUGAAGACGACCUCCCCGCUCUUAGAGAGACUCUGCCGAGAACGGAGCCGGAAGGGGACUUGGCGGAUGCAACCCUGAUCUGCGAAGCCGUCCAGCAAGGGCAUCGAGAUGUCCCAAGUGGCGAUCUGAGUAUUAGUGGCUACCACGAUGUAAUGGCAGUUAAGACAUCUGGACCGCCCCUACGAGAGAUGCAUCUUCCUCCGGCCUCCUAA